CCGACCGUACUUCCGGUAGUGAAAAGGCGGGCAAGAUGGCGGACUGAGUGGCUGUAGCGUCCUCGUUUAACAAAUAUAUAAAUUAUUCGUCUUUUAUUAAGCCCACCAAAUGAAAAUUGAGUUUGGAGCGACGGGGAGUUACCUGAAGUGAAGAUUGAAGACGUGAUAGAAGAUGGACGACUACCGCUAUGCUAAGAUGGCGACGUCCGCUAAAAGAGAACAUGAAAGAGAAUCACUAACGGAGAAAAAGACGAAAACUGCAGUUAAAGAUGAGCGAGUGGAAGUUUCCAAUAACGUCAUUUUGGACGUGAGCCCUCAAAAGAGCGUCGAUGAGACAUUAGCUGACUUCGUUGAACAAUGUAAACGAAGGACCGCCAUGAUUGUUAGCUUGAAGAAGGCAGUGGAGUUCACAUCAGAGGAGAUGAAAGAAUGCAAAAGUCAAAUGAAGAAAGUGGAAGAGCAAAACAAGCGCUUGUGUAAAGAAAAGAAUGAUGUGAAAGAAGAGAUGUUGGGGAAGAGUAAGAGAUGUGAAGAGAAGACUGGACCACAUGUCUACAUCAACGUGCAGAGGAUUGGAGAAGAACUUCCCCCUCAGUUAGGGGCGAGCUCCACUUUGAAGCCGGAGACUCCACAACCACCCUGCAUUAAAAAGGAAGAGGAGGAACUCUGGAUCACUCAGGUGGGAGAAUGUCUUCUAGGACCACAGGAGGCUGAUCUCACCAAGUUGCCACUGACUGUUGUCUCUGUGAAGACUAAAGAUGAUGAAGAGAAACCACAACUAGACAACCUCUUAGCUCUACUAUCAGAUAGUGAGGCUGAAGACGGUGAUGAAGAAGCUUUGGGCAGCGAUACAGACUGGGUAGGUGACGUGACGACUCGCACUCACAACAAAUACUCUAAAAAGAAGAGAGGUGAAAGGAGGACUAAUACUGUUAACAAACACUCUGGAUGCUCUAAAAAGAAGACGGACACAAAACGAUUCAGCUGCUCAGUUUGUGCUAAAAGCUUUACUCGAAACAGCUAUUUGAGGCCACACAUGAGAACGCACACAGGAGAAAAACCAUUUCACUGUUCAGUUUGCGGUAAAAGUUUUAGUAUGAAGAGCAACUUGACUAAACACAUGAGAAAACACACAGGAGAGAAUCAAUUUGUUUGUUCAAUGUGCGGGAGAAGUUUUUGCCGAUACAAUUAUUUGACUGAACACAUGAGAAUAACACACUCAAAAAACAUUUAACUGUUCAGUUUGUGGUAAAAGCUUUUCUCGAAACAAUGUUUUGACUCUACAGAGUGAAAAAAACAUUUAGUUGUUCAGUGUGCUGUAAAAGGUUCCAUCAUAAAACACACGGUAGAUAACAAAUGAGCUGUUUAGGUUGUAGCGACAUCCACCCAAAUUGACCUUCCUUAAAAUAAGUUCACUGCUUCUUUCACAAAUUUCUGAGGUAUUCAUACAAAUCAGGAUUAUCUAGAGCUUCGUCUUAUCUUCUUACAGUACCUUUUAAUAUCAUUAUUGAAAUCAUUUCUGCAGGUGUUUAAAAAUGUUUGUUUACUACCAUUUUAUGGAAUUAUUUUGGUUUAUGUUACGUCACGUGGGUUCACUUCCUGUCGUAUGUAGACAGGUGUAGGAAUCUUCAUAUUUACCUUUACUGUGGAGUAGUUGUGUUUUAGUAUCUUGCUUUAUUGUUUUAAUAGUAAUGAUAGUCUGGCAAUAUUUUGCAACAGUUUGAAAAUCUAUAGAAUAUUGUUUUUUUAUUAUCACAUUGUUGUCGUUUUGAAAGACAUGUUACUGAAUUGUUUAGUGUAUGAUGAUUUGUACGGCUUUUUUUAUUGAAAUAAAGAUUAGAUUUUU